AAACUUGAGGGGCAAAUUCUUAUAUUUAAAACUCACUACCUUGCAUAACCGACUCCGACUCGACGCACAGAGAAAGAAUCAAAGAUCGUCGAGAACCUUGGCUAUCCUUGACCGUUAAGAAAUCACACCCGGAAUUGAAAACCAGAGAAGAAAUGGCAUUGCAGUGGAUGAUUUUGGCGUACCUGGUGGCGGCGGAGGCCGCUCUGGCCGUUGUCCUCACUCUACCAUCGCCCAAAGCCAUACGAUCUCGUAUUGUGUCGGUCGUCUCACUAAUUCUCCAGCCCUCCCUCUUUAUCAUACCAUUUGCCGGUUUCCAGCUUCUCGAUAUAUACUGGAAGAAUGAGCAUCGAUUGAUGUGCACUGGAGAGGUCUGCACUGCCGCUGAGAGAGAUCGCUAUGAGAAAUCGAUGUACAAGUCUCAGAGGAACGCAGUGAUGUGCGUUGGCGCAUGCCUCCUUUACUGGUGCAUCUACCGCAUUUGCAAGUAUUAUAGACAGAUUGAGACCAUGGAGGAAGUCGAGAAGAGGUACAAGGAACAGUAGUACAUAUCUUUCUCCAUCCAUUUUGUCUCUCCAAUACAGUAGAUACGAGGCUAAAAACGUCUCUAUGGUAGUUUUUCAUAUAUUGCGUCAGCUGUUGUAGUGCUCUAGUUUGUCCAGUUCAUCUCUCUCUCUAUGAAUUGUGGAUUCUGCUGAUUACGGAAAUAAAUAUAGUUGUUAAAGACAUA